AGUCGCACAAGACUUCGCGCAUACAGUCAACGGCCUCACCGAUGAUUUCUCUUCCGAGUUCUCCAACGACCUCAAGUCUAUGGACGCAAAAUUCAAGAGCCCAAUACCGGGGACCGGGCCACCAGAAAUAGGCCCCCUCCUCAAAAGCGCAUGGUUGGAAGCAAAGCAUAUGUCUAAUGUCGUCAACGGCGCCAAAAACCUGAUGAAUGCCCUCAAGAAAGGCGGCCCUCCUGAUCUCAUCAACGACGUAAAGAAGCAGCUAAAAGACCUCUUGAACACCAACGUGCCGAAGCCAAAGGGUGGGCUCGGCCUUGAGAUUCCAAAUCUGGAAGCACUCAAGGACCUGGUACCCGAAGACGAGCUGCCAACUGAAAGCGUUCCAACGCCGACCAGUGCUCCAUUUACAACUCUACCUACUUCAGGGGGACGCACAUCACUUCAAGCGUCCACCGCGCUGCAGUCAACCCUUUCGACUUCCUUAGCAAGCACCCAGCAGUCUGCGACGGCAUCUACAACUACUAGCUCAUCAAGCUCCUCUUCGUCGUCUUCUCACACACCGACUGCCGCAGCCCAGGACUACUUCAUCAUGACUAAGUUUGGCACGGAUUACGACACAUUUUUAAACUUUACGACAGAUUUAGACAACAACUCUGGCGAUAUCUCCGAGCGUAGCGAAUUUCCAGAAGUUGAAUGGCCAUUUUAUUAUACUUAUAUGAAUGAGACCAAAGCCAAAGAAUUGAUGGAUAGUACGAAAUAUCCCUUCAUCGAAGGUGUUUUCGUGAACGACCCUGGAACCGGAGAUGGAGAAAUCGACAUGAAGGGCGUUAUCCCUCUUGGAGACAAAGCAGGGCAUCUACGUGUAGAACGAGCGGCUGAAGAAGGCAACUAUCCUCCUAACCCCGAUCUUAUCGAAAGAAGGUGGGAGCCUUCUCGAGUCACAUCACCAAUCAACCACCUAAGUAUGAUAUCACAAGCGCUUCCUGGAAAUAUUCCGAAUUCGUAUAUCUUUGAUCCGUCCCUCGGCAGAGGCAGUACCAUCUACGUCGUGGAUAGCGGCUUUACACCAACCUUAGUCACUGGUGGGGAAUUCGAUAUGAGCCGUAUCCAACAAUAUGUUGUGCCGAAUAAAUUUAGCCUAAGAGGCAUUUCGACCAGUCUGCAUGCCCCAGAAGAUAUGACAGACAGAUACAAAUCCCAAGAUGCUGUCGGGCACGGGACCUUUGUUGGGAGCAUCGCGGCCGGUCUCAUGAGUGGUGUAGCUUCGAAUGCAGAUCUAUUCUUCAUCAAGGUGUUCAAUCAAAUGAAAAAUCCGAACUACAAACCGCCAAUCCCGGGCGAAGAGCCUGUGCCGGAGUUCGGAGGAGCCGGAGGACUUCGAAUGGGGGCGGUGAUAGACAGUUUCAGAAUUAUAAUGAACGAUGUCCGUAAACGAGAUCUUAAAGGCAAAGCGGUCGUCAAUCUUAGUAUCGGGAUUCGGGAAGGCUCAAAGCACUUCAGGGGCAUUAGCAGUAUCAUGAAAGAGUUCAUUCAGCGAUGCGACGAUCUUGGAAUCGCAAUUGUGGUCGCGGCUGGCAACUCCGGAAAUCCGAAUCUGAAUGCAGGGCAGAAAUUGGUCCCUUUGCAUAAGGACGCCAUGACAAUGCAUGGUACCGACGAUAAUGCGGUAAGGUCUUUGGAAUCUAUCCCCCAGCCGACCGGAUAUCUAGGUACUAAGUCCUGCCGUCUAGCUAAUUACAGUCGGUGGAAUUAAUUCAGACGGUUCCCUUGCGAUUCAUACCUCACCGCAUAUACACGGUCAAGCCGGUUCAAUCACUAUAUAUGCCGCAUUUCGUGUGAUGAGCACAACUUCGGCCUUCCCCGGAUUUGGAGGUUUGGUGUUUAUUUUCGGCACCAGCUUUGCUUCACCCCAAGUUGUAAGUCGAGCUCCCUCUCGAAGGCUCAGAGAGGAUUGCAGGGUUUCG